AUGGCUUCCUCCUUACUGUGUAGCCCGUUGAAGUGGAUCCGCCUCCUCGCCGGCGCCGGAAUCGCGAGGCGCUCCCUGCACGAGGGCCCCGAUACCAUCGAAGAACUCCUCGACAGACACCUCGUCAAGAACACCGGCAAGACUGCUGACGAUGAGGACGAGCUCGCGGAGCGACGGCGGCUGACGAGCACCCGGCGGGAGGCGCUGGCACUGUACCGUGACAUUUUUCGGGCGUCGCGCUUCUUCUCGUGGCCCGACGCUCGCGGGGUUAUCUGGCGAGAUGUGCUCCGAGAGAACGCCCGCCGUGAGUUUGAGGAAGCGCGGUACGAGCGCGAUCCGGAGAUCGUCACCCGACUUUUGAUUGGGGGACGAGAGGCUGUGGAGAAAGCUCUGGAUAAGCUUGUGGAGACGCAGAGGAAGAGGUUGGCGGAGGCUGAGGAAGAGAGACGUGGAGGCGGGAGGAGGUGCCCCUGAUUGGAUUGUGGAGGUGGUUGAGGAUCUUCAAACUAAAGAAGAAUAUACUACAAGGAUUGUGAACAAAGUCUAAUUUCAAGACUUGAAUUUGUUAAGAGGGCAAACAAAAUGUGACAUUAGAAUAAUGGAAGCUUAUCA